AUGAAGUCGCUCCAUUUCGGUGCCGCCUCCUCGUGCGCCGCCUUCUGGCUGGCCGUCGCGUCGUCCCUUUUCUUCGCCCAUCCCUCUUCGGCCCAGGGCGGGAGUCAUUGCCAGCCGUACAAGUGGAAUUCUAAUUCCCUGCAGCGCGUCGCCGCUGCCGACGAGCCUGUGCCGACCGAGGGCGUCCUCCUCGUCGUCAAGCCGGGCGAGAUCAACUGCCGUUACUGGGCUGACACGACAGAGGAGGUCAACUACUACACGUGCUCGCAGCUGGCGCACCGCUACGAGAUACCCAACGACGUCUUCUUCAUGCUGAACCCGGGCCUGAACAAGGACUGCAGUAACAUCAAGCCGAAGUCCGAGUACUGCGUCACGGGAUUCAUCGAGCCGAUCAGGGCCUUUGACGGCCUCUGCGGUCCUCGCCACAACAACGCCACCUGUCAAGGCACCGACAAGCCAUGCUGCAACGCGGAUACAUGGACCUGCGGCGACUCAGCGUAUGUGGCCAAGACCCUCGCUCAGAACGAUGAAUGUACCCAGACUGACAUGAUGACGCCCCCCAGUGAGGACUGCGCCCCUGGCAUCUGCUACGAGGGCUACUGUUUGGGCGACACCAUCUACAGCACCGACGGCACAUGCGGCCGGGACUACGGCAACCGUGACUGCGUCGGCCGAUGGGGCAGCUGCUGCAGCAUGGACGGCCGGUGCGGCACGGGCGACGCCUUCUGCGGCCUCUUCACCUGCCAGCAGGGCGACUGCGAUAUUUGGAAGCAGGACGAGCAGCCGGCCGGCACAAAGUGGACAAAGGACGGCACCUGCGGCGGCGCGGGGGGCCAGAGAUGCUCGGCGGAGUGGGGCCGAUGCUGCAACGUGAACGGCGUGUGCGGCGAGAAGCCGGCCGACUGUUAUGUCGAGCGUGGAUGGGAAACCCAGUCCCAAGUGGCAAAACUGACAUUUACACAGCCAGGACGGGUUUGGAAUCUGCGCCUCCAACUCGACAUCGGCCGUGUCCACGUCCGCUGCGUCUUCCAGGUCCGCAGCCAUUUCGACUGCAACGGCCCCGGGAACCGUGACUUCAGGCACCGCCAGGACUUCGGUGACAGCCACAAGCACCUCCACGGUGGCUCCCUCUCCAGCAUGCACCGGCGGCACGAACGCGCCUGGCAUCACAGAUAA